GCUCGAGUCCCGCCUCCUCUCCUCCCAUGCGUCCCACAACCCGCCGCUGUUGUGUUCAGUGAAUUCAUUUCUUCUGCCGAUUUUUUGCGGAGAACUUCAACUGCUGCCCCCCCUCAGAACAAAGAAUCAUGGUCCAAGCUAAGACGUGGAUCCUGAAGAAGCACUUUGACGGCUUCCCGAAGGACAGCGACUUUGAGCUCAAGGUGGAGGAGCUCCCUGAGCCCAAGGAUGGAGAGGUACUUUUGGAAGCUGUGUUUCUCAGCGUCGACCCAUACAUGAGGCCGUUCAGUAGGGUUCGCAUGAAAGAAGGAGACGUGAUGAUCGGAACUCAAGUGUCCAAAGUGAUCCAAAGCAAUAACCCAGCAUUUCCCGUGGGAAGCCAUGUUGUUGGUCGUUGCGGCUGGAGAACCCACACAGUCUGUGGCGCAACGGACCUCAUUCCCCUCAUUCCCGACUGGCCGCAAGACGUCUCGUUGUCUCUGGCUCUGGGUACCAUCGGCAUGCCAGGACUGACGGCUCUGUACGGGAUAGAGGAAGUCCUGGGACUCCAGAAGGGCGAGACCCUGUUGGUGAAUGCGGCAGCGGGGGCGGUGGGCUCCGUGGUGGGCCAGAUUGCCAAGCUCAAGGGCUGUAAGGUGGUGGGUUCAGCAGGGUCUGAUGCCAAGGUGGCUUUCCUCAAAGAACUGGGCUUCGACGAGGCCUUCAACUACAAGACUGUGGGUUCCCUGGAUGAGGCACUGAAGAAGGCUUCUCCAGAGGGAUAUGACUGCUUCUUUGAGAAUGUAGGAGGCCCUUCUUCAAGUGUUGCCUUGCAACACAUGAAGAACUUUGGGAGAAUCGCCGUGUGUGGAGCCAUUUCCACGUACAAUGACACCACACCCCAAACAGGCCCAUACCCCCACCUGACCAUGAUCUUCAAGCAGCUUAAGAUGGAGGGCUUCAUGCAGAGCAGGUGGGAGCACAAGCACCCUGAGUCCCUCAAGAGGCUGAUGGGGUGGUUGAAAGAGGGCAAACUGCAGUUUCGGGAGCACAUCACAAAGGGCUUUGAAAAAAUGCCAGCUGCCUUCAUGGGGAUACUGCAGGGAGAAAACAUCGGCAAGGCUGUCGUUGCCGUCUGAUGUGGAAACGCAGGAUCAAUGUAGAAGAAUCGGUAUUAUUGAUAGAUGUUAUUACAGAAUUCAUACAAUGAAGGACACUUACAAGUAACCAGCUAUAUUUUCAUACUAACAAUGUGUCCUUGUUGCUCGGUAAUCACAAAGAUAACAUAUUAUGGCUGUUAGAGUUAGGUUCUCAAACUAUUAAUUCUUUAAAAUUUAGAUUGUUUGAUGAAACUGAACUGUUCUGUUUCAGUUUAGUGGAUUUUCAUGGUCAGUUUACUUUAAAAAGUCACGAUUGGAGACAUAAAUCUGAACAUUAACAUGUUGCUCACAUUGAAAAUUUGUUAAAAUUGUGCUGCUUAAUUGACAAAGUUCUUCCCACUGUCCUGACAACUGUUCCCAUAUUUGAGUGUACGGUACAUUAUUUGGGAGAGACCAGACUGAUGUGGGAAAUCAGGCUGUUUAACUAGGAAAGAAGAAAAUAAAUGAUAUCUCUACUCAGACGACACAAGACUGUCAUUCUGCUGUAUGAGCUGACUAGAUCUGCUGCGGAUACAUCCAUGCAUUAUUCACUGUAACAUAAUAAACCAAGUGCUUUGUAUUCAGUGAGUGCUUUUGUAUAGCUAAUAAAA